UAGACUACUCAGGAUUCUUCUUGGUAUUUUUUGCUCCAGGGAAGCCUUUACAGUUGGUCUAGCAUAGACUACUCAGGAUUCUUCUGGGUAUUUUUUGCUCCAGGUGUGUUUUUUCACCUGUUCUGCCCUCUAAGUCUUUUCUUCCUCUUCCUCAACCUAUUUCACAAAGCUAUGUCCUUAUGUAAAAAACACCACAUGUCUCUGGAGGAAACAUGGUAGACCAGGAUAUAGAAGGCAGGCAAAAGAGCUGGUCAGUUAUUAUCAGAGAUUCAUAAUCUCUCCCAUGCCUACAUGACAAGACACUGCAUGAGAAAAACAUCAGCUGACAUGCCUAUAGAGAUCAUUGUGUGCCAGAAACAGUUCCAUGUUUGGUGUGUGUACGACAUGUUCUUUCACACAUAGAGUCCUCUGACACAGGUUUUUGCUAUUUGUUUCCUACCCACAUACAAUGAAUAAGGCCAAUAUGCUCCGAACUGACAAAGACAUGCAAAUCAUUUUGUUCUCUGAAGUGAGUGUUGGGAUCUCUGCUAACAGUAUCCUUUUUAUUGCCCACGUCUGCAUGAUCCUUGGUGAGAACAGGCCUAAGCCCAUUGAUCUCUACAUUGCUUUCUUGUCCCUAACCCAACUAAUGCUGCUUAUAACUAUGGGACUCAUAGCUGUGGACAUGUUUCUAUCUCAGGGGAUAUGGGAUUCUACCACAUGUCAAUCCCUUAUCUAUUUGCACAGGCUUUUGAGGGGACUCUCCCUUUGUGCUACCUGUCUGCUGAAUAUCCUUUGGACUAUCACCCUUAGUUCUAGAAGUUUCUGUUCAACAAAGUUUAAACAUAAAUCUCCUCAUCAUAUCUCAGGUGCCUUUAUUUUCUUCUGUGUUCUCUAUAUGUCUUUUAGCAGUCACCUCUUCAUAUCGAUUAUUGCUACCCACAAUUUGACCUCAGAGAAUUUUAUAUAUGUUACUCAGUCCUGCUCACUUCUACCUCUGAGUUACUCCAGGACAAGCAUGUUUUCUGCACCGAUGGCCAUCAGGGAAGCCUUUCUUGUCAGUCUCAUGGCCCUGUCCAGCGGGUACAUGGUGGCUCUCCUAUGGAGGCACAAGAAGCAGGCCCAGCACCUUCAUAGCACCAGCCUUUCUUCAAAAGCAUCCCCAGAGCAAAGGGCCACCAGGACCAUCCUGCUGCUCAUGAGCUUCUUUGUGGUUCUCUACAUUUUGGAAAAUGCUGUCUUCUACUCAAGGAUAAAGUUUAAGGAUGGCUCAAUAUUGUACUGUGUCCAAAUUAUUUUGUGUCAUAGCUAUGCCACAGUCAACCCUUUUGUGUUUAUUUGCACUGAAAAGCAUAUAAUUAAGUUUUGGGAGUCAAAGUGUGGCAGAAUAGUAAAUAUUUAA